AUGUGUAAGCGGCUCGAUGCUCCUUGGGAUGACAUGACAGCAUCACAUAUACGAGCGGCCCUAUAUUUUGAUCAAGGAGCUUAUCUCGAGGCGUUUGAUGCCCAAAAGGAAGUAGUCCAAUCAUUUCAACGGUCCAUGCCAUCUCUCACUCGCUGGUGUCUGCCUAUUCUUUACGUUAUCAACAACGAUCUCAGAAAUAUUGCAUUAAAAGCAGAUGAAGACUCGACAUUGACAGGUCAACGAAAGAAAUUGGAAGAAGCUGCCAAUAUUAUUAACUUGCAAAAAUCACAGCUCAAACAAAGAAACCUGUGCAAGAACAUUCUACGAGCUCUCAAGGCAGCUGAAAUGCCACCACUUCAAAGUUUUCCGAAAAGCGAUCGAGUUACAUUCCGAUUCUAUCUUGGAAAGUUGUAUUUUCUCGAAGAAGAUUACCCCAAGGCAAGAUUAGCAAGUCGUGAUGCAGAGAAUGAGUUAAGUCUGGCCUUUAGAGAAUGUACAAAGGCUAGUCAAAGAAAUAAAGAAUUAAUUCUGGAAAUUCUACUGCCAAUUCGGUUGAUGCAUGGAGUGGUACCAAAGCCUGAAGCCUUGGCACGAUUCCCUCGUUUAGAACAAUUGUAUGGGCCUUUGACAGCUGCUAUGAAGCGUGGAAAUGUCAGGGAGUUUGAUGAAUGCCUAGUGACAUCUGAGCAAGAAUUGAUUCGACAGGGAACAUAUCUUGCUGUUGAAAAAGCUCAAAGUAUUGCUAUGCGACAACUGUUUCGAAAAGUGUUCAUCAUAUUGGACUCAAACACACGUAUACCAAUUGCACUCUUCAAAAAAGCACUUGAUUUUGUGGGUAUGGAUGUUGGUGUCGAGGAAUGCGAGUGGAUGCUGGCCACGAUGAUUUACAAGGGAUAUAUCAAAGGGUAUCUUUCUCACGAAAAGUCAUUCCUUGUGCUCAGUAAAGCUGAUCCCUUCCCAGCCAUAAACUCUUCUAGUGUAUAA